UAGAGCUCAGUGUGUUUGUGUGGCGAAAUGUCGCGGUACAGUGUUGCGAGCAGCCGGGACGGGAAUCGGGAACGCCAUGGCACUCUGGGAAAAGCCAGGAAGUCGGGCACUCUGGAUGGGGGUGCGGGUGGCGGGGCUCUGCUGUGUGACAUCUGCACCGGGAGCAAGCGACGUGCCUCCAAGACCUGCCUGUCCUGCCUGGCCUCGUACUGUGAGGCCCACCUGCAGCCCCACUACGAGUACCCUGCCCUCUCCAAGCACAAGCUGGUGGAGCCUGCCGGCCGGCUGCAGGAGAAGAUCUGCUCCAACCACGACAAGCUGCUGGAGGUGUACUGCCGCACCGACCAGCAGUGCAUCUGCCUGCUGUGCCUGAUGGAGGAGCACAAGAGCCACGACACGGUCUCUGCAGCAACCGAACGCACCGAGAGACAGAAGCAGCUGGGGUCCGUGUUGCUGAAGUCGCAGCAGAGGAUCGAGGGUCGGGUGAAGAAGUGGAAGGAUCUGAAACAGGCCGUGGCAGCCGUCAAGCACUCCGCUCAGACAGCUCUAGAGGAGAAUGAGCGGAUCUUCAUGGAGCUGCAGCGGGCUGUGCAGCGCUGGCAUGCCGAGGUGAAGCAGCAGGUUCUGGCGCAGGAGCAGGCGGUGCUGACCCGAGCCUCCGGCCUGCUGACCCGGCUGGAGCAGGAAGUCACCGAGCUCCGGAGGAGACACGUGGACCUGGAGCGGCUCUCCCACUCCGACGACCACAUCCACUUCCUGCAGAGCUGGCAGCUGCUGUCCUCCCCCUCCGGGUUUGAGGAUGUGGCCAGCGUUAAUGUGGACCCGCACUCAUCCUUCGGGCCCACGAAGAAGGCCAUCGCCGAGCUGAAGGAGCGCCUGGAGGAGACCUGCCGAGUCGAGCUGCAGAAGGUGUCUGCCACAGUGAAAGAGGUGAGCGUUUUACAGGCUGACGAGCCUCGGACCAGAGAGGACUUCUUACAUUACUCGUGUGAGCUGAGACUGGACCCCAGCACGGCCCACCGCAGCCUGCAGGUUCUGGAGGGGGGCAGGGGAGUCCAGAUGGUGAGCGAGCCGCUCUCGUACUCGGAGAACCCCGGCCGCUUCGCUCACUGGCAGCAGGUCCUGUGCAGGGAGGGGCUGUGGGGCCGGCGCUGUUACUGGGAGGUGGAGUGGAGCGGCAGCGAGGUGGACAUCGCCCUGUCCUAUCAGGGCAUCAGCCGCAAGGCCAGCGGGAACCAGGGCAACUUCGGCUGGAACGACCAGUCCUGGAGUCUGUACUGCUCUGAGGCCAAGUGCACCUUCGUGCACAAUAACAGCAGCACGACCGUGCCUUUCCCCGGAUCGGCCCGCCUCGGCGUGUUCCUGGACGUUCGGGCGGGUAGCCUGUGCUUCUACAGCGUGGCUGACUCCAUGACGCUGCUGCACAAAGUGCAGACCACCUUCACUGAGGCCCUGUUCCCAGGGUUUGGCGUGUGGGGCUUCGGAUCCACCAUCAAAAUAUUAUAGCUGGGACUCAACAGGAAAGGGGAUUUCCUGGGCUUGUGGGAGAGAUGGGGGGGACUGCCAUUUUUUUUUAAUGGGAUUGACUAGUUUUAAUUUAACCAAACAGCCUACAAAAUAUAUUUGUUUGUUUUUGCUUGGGAAUAAAUUAAUAUAAUUUUCUCAUUAAAGCAAUCUAUUGUUUUAGUCAUAUGUAGCUGUUACUGUAACAUGUUCUUCAGAAUCGAGCAUAAUGUACAUCAGCUGAAUCGACCGGCCUAUGACCUGGCACCACUGUAAUUCUUUAUGCAACUUUCUUUCGCUAUUGCGAUUCAUGAUUUUUCAUACCAGAAAUUAUUAUAUAGCCUUCUAUUUACACUGAGUGUGGUGGGUUGUUCUAGAUCAAAUAAGAAUCAAUAAAAAGAUGUGAUGAUUAAAA